GUUCAAACGAGGUUUAGCGUUCUGUAGAAAAAUGUCAACAUGGAGACCAAGAUAUUACGACAUCGGUGUCAAUUUCUCUGAUGGGAUGUUCCAAGGGACGUACAAUGGCCAUUCAAAACAUCCAUGUGAUAUAAAUCAAGUGAUUGAUCGAGCACAUUUGUUCAAUGUGGAUAAAAUGUUGAUCACAGCUUCCAAUAUCCAAGAAAGUCAAAACCAUUUCACCUUGUGCGAGAAAUAUGCCAACAAUUUUGACUCUACUGCCGGUGUGCACCCAUGUACUGUUGCUGAGGAAUUCUACAUCAAGGAUAAUGACGAAUAUACAAACACUUUACGUGAUGAUGUGGAUGAAAAAUUAACAAGGUUGAAAAAUAUAGCAGAAGAAGGACACAAGUUAGGACAUGUCAAGGCGUUUGGAGAAAUUGGAUUAGAUUACGACAGAUUGCACUAUUCUAACAAAGUUCAACAAUGUGAGAUGUUCAAGAAGCAACUUGAAGUUCAUGCACAAUUGAAACAUUUGGAUUUACCCUUGUUUCUCCACAUGCGUGAUGCCUGUGAUGAUUUUGUGUCUAUAAUCAAGCCAUUCAUAGAGGCUGGUUCGAUAAGAAAAGGUAACGGUGUUGUGCAUUCAUUUACAGGUACUGAAGAAGAAUUAAAUAAGCUCUUAGGUUUGGGAUUCUAUAUUGGAAUAAAUGGAUGUUCAUUAAAGACAGAAGAGAAUGUUCAAGUUGCAUCCAAGAUCCCAAUUGAUAGAUUGCUCAUUGAAACAGAUGCUCCGUGGUGUGAAAUUAGAAAGAGCCAUGCUUCAUAUAAGUACAUCUCAUCAUAUCCAAACAAGUUCUAUCCAGAUAUCAAAACCACGGUACCAGAAGAACCACAAGAAGUUCAAGAUUCUAAAAAGUCCAAAAAGAAUGGUGGCCCAAUGUUUAAACUUGCGGAAAACUUACCCUUCCCAGCCAUAAAGAAAGAGCAUUAUGCUAAACACAGACAGUUUGUGCAAAGUUCAUUAGAAAACUUACCUAAUGCUGACAUAGAUACUAAAGUAGGCAUGUAUGCUCAUCCAAUGAUUGUAUCCCGUAAUGAACCAGUUAAUGUUGGACAUGUUGCUGAGAUUCUUUGUACUAUCCACGGUAUCAAACAAGAGAAGGAGAUUGAAAGCUUUAUAGAUUUAAUCUUUGAAAAUUCUUGUAAAUUGUUUAAAACGGGGUAAUAUUACAAUAUAAUACAUAAUUACAUAGACUUUUUCUAUAUAUUCUAGUGCCUGUGUCUUGUUGAUCUUCUGGGAGGUGAUGAAUUGUCAACGUCUGGCGUUGCCACUCUUCUCAAUCUCCGUUCAGGUAAUUCCAGUUCCAGCGAUGGUUGCUUUACUGGUGGUGGUGGCUUGGAGAUUUUGAACGUUCCUCUAGGUCUACCUCUUUUUCUUUGUCCUGGAGGUGGUAAUAGAACACUGACUGUCUUUCUCUUUCUAGGAGGUAGGCGAUAUUUAAGCUCACUAAACCCGUCAGAUUCUGAAUCAAAUUCAUCUUCAUAUUCAUCUUCUGGUUCCUCUGUUACUUUGAUAAGUCUGCUUGGUCUAGAACUUGGCCGUGGCUUAUUUAUGACUACAUCCUCAUCCUCCUCCUCCUCCUCCUCCUCUACCUCUGCUUCUACCUCUUCUUCUACCUCUUCUUCCUCUUCAUCCUCG